UCAAAGAGCGAGUCCAUAUGAGUAUUUGAUACGUGCUUGUGGGGAUUCUCUCCCUGCUAAAUCAAUCGGACCAGUUCUGACAUAGAACUUGUACAACAUUCAUUCACUCAGUACACCGCCAAAGCUCAGCGUUUCAUUCCUAUCGGUCCUCGGGCUUUCGCCCAUGCUAGCCUCAUAAUGUGGGACGACACUAUGGCUGGAGACCGACCACUACCUCACGCGGCUGCAAACCCAUUGGAGGCACAAUUUCAGGUCGUUAGUAAGAGAAGAUGCAGGAGAGAGGGCGGGAAAUGGACACGCACUGGCUGUCUGACAUGUAAAAGUCGCCGGAAAAGAUGUGACGAAUCUAAGCCUGGAUGUCGUAGCUGUGCUAGAUUAGGGCUACAGUGUGAGGGAUAUGGCUCAAUAUGGGCAGAGCCCUUGAACCCGUCAGCACAGGUCUUCAGUCAAACAAAACCAACAAAGCGCAGGAGACUUAGCACAUCGUCUUCCAUUUCCUCAUCCUCCUUGGGACGAGCAAGUGCGAGCUCCCCAUGCUCAAGCUCCUUAUGGCUACAUUACCAACCAACUACCCCUACCACAUUCUCAGAUCCCGGUGAUAGCGAUACGUGUUUAUCGAACGUCGAUGACACUAUGGAUGAGGUUGACCAGAUGCCAGCACAUACCACUGCCGAGAAUGGUGACCUCUCUAUAAUGACACUCACACCCUGUAAAUCCCUCAGUCAUCUUUCGCACUCAGAAACGCACUAUCUUCAAUACCACAUGGAGCUCGGCUCCAAGUUACUCGCAAACCUUGAGAGCGCCGACAACCCUUUGCGGUCUCUGAUCAUUCCUCGGGCCCUAUCAUCUUCGCUCCUUAUGAAAGCGUUAUGCGCAGUAUCAGCGACGCAUUGUGCGAAUCGAAUAGCUGCCCAUUCAGAAGCCCAAACUGCUGCCACAAUGUAUUACAUUCAAACCCUGAAUGGGCUGCAAUCUGUGCUCUCAGAGUAUCCCACUGGAAGAUUUCCUGAUGAAGCUAUUCUCGCGGUGGCUUUACUCUGCAAAUACGAGAUUGUCCGUGGAAGCGUUAAGCAGUGGGUCGCGCAUCUGAAUGCUCUUCAGAAGCUAGUCAUUGCACGGGGUGGGUUUGGGGCUUUGAAUCAUGAUACCCGGGAGUUCCUGAUGGGCUUGUAUGUCGUCAGUCUCAUCGAGAAAAAGGCAAUACUGACAAAAAAUAAUAGCUACAUUUAUGCUCAUAACGUUGCUAAAAUCAGCAAUCGCAAGCAAAUCACCUCCAGCAUGCUUGAUAUGGAGGACGUCAGGAUCACCAAGCUCGAUAUAUACAUUGGCUACGCGGAAGAUCUUGUCAAACUCUGCGCGAGGAUCGCUGAUCUACCUUCCCUGAGCCAUGACCCUGUAGCUUUGGGAAUCGAAAUUCAUGCAAUUGAUACCCUACUGCAUGAUUGGACGCAUCAGGACAUAAGGUACAUAAUUCCCGAGGGUAUCACAGAAAUGAACCUCUGUCGCCUCCGCAUGGUCGCAAAUUGUUUCCGCGAUGCGGCAUACAUCUACCUCCAUUCAAUACUGGAGAAGAUGAGCAAGGGUAUGAAAACCACCUUCACUGCAGGCCCUUGGUCAGCUUUGAUCACUAUGACGAGGUCGGAUGCCCUGCAGAUGCUUCUGGACAGGAUCCGAACGGCCUCACCCCUCGAUGCCCACUGCGAAUAUUCGGCGCUCACAUUUCCUUUGCUCAUCGCGGGCUGCGAGAUCAGGGUACCCGAUGAUAAAGAGCUUAUCAUGACAUGCUUGAGUAGCCUUGAGGUCAACUUCGGGAUUGGGAAUGUUAAACGAGCGAAGGAGAUGCUACAAGCUCUAUGGGCUAUGGAAGGAGUGCAUUGGCUGGACUUGCUGGAUCAAUUACAGUGGGAUCUCAUACUCGCUUGAUAUGGGAGAUUGAUUUUGGAGAGGGUAUGGACCUCCGGAGGCGGAGAUGUAUGCCCAUAAUGAACAAUUUUAUGAGUCCAAGGCAUAUACGAUUAUCUUUUAGCCAGAUGAUAGAAUGAUGAUGGGCGACGACGCCAAAGUUUGAAUCACCAGCACGAUUGUUAUAUUUGGCUAGAAUUGUAAGGGUAUCUUCAUGUCGUCGUGGCGUAAGUACAGAACAAAGAUGGUCGAAGCGCCCAAGAGGCCCAAACUCAACUAAUGGGCGUCAUAAAAAGCCAGAUGCUUCACUCAAUGGUCAAUCUGAAAGGUCUGUGCACGAUGCUUCGUAACGGAUUUGUAAACUGAGAUCAGCUCAAUCCCAUAUUCACCUCGUCGCCUAGCCCCAAUUCUCGCUCUGCCCGUUCGGUUCCUCCUGCCGCUCGGGCAGCCCAUCGAUCCAGCUGAUCCUGCGCUCGAGUGAUUUCCUUUUCUCGGAGGCUACCGUCUGGUCCCUGGCU